AUGCCAGUGGAUUCAAAGAUAAACUGUAUGAAGUGCGGAAAAAGUCAUACAGAUGCAGAAAGCUGUCCAGCAAGAGGAAGAAAAUGUCUGAGGUGUGGUAAAGAAAAUCAUUUCGCUCAGGUAUGUAAAACAAAUUUAAAUAAAAACAAUGUAAGGGAACUUAAAAUUAAUACAGGUAAAGACAAAGCAUCUAGUGAAAGUGAAAAUGAGUAUUUUUGUGAUUCAAUAACUAAAAAAAAUAGACAAAUUAAUCAUAUAACUUGGGUAGAGAACGUUUUAGUUGCAGAUAAAAUAAUAAUAAAAUUUAAACUAGACUCUUGGUCUGAUGUGAAUAUAAUUUCAUUAAAAACGUAUAACAAAAUUUUAAGAUCAGUAGAUGAGGACAUACAACUACAUAAUAAGAACAUACAUGUAGAAGCCUAUGGGGGCACAAAUAUUGAAGUGAUAGGCAUAACCAAAUUGAAAAUAAAUGUAUUAAAUAACAAAAACAUCAUGUCUCAUGAAAACUUUAUUGUUGCAAAAAAUGAUGCAGUAUCUAUCCUAGGCUUAGAAACCUGUCUCAAACUAAAAUUAAUGAACAGAACAGCAGUUAAUGAACUAAAGAAAUCAAUUAUAAAGAAAAUUGAAGUAAUGCAUAAAUAUAGAGAUGUGUUUAGAGGGGUAUGUUGUUUUAAGGAACCAUAUUCAAUUAAAUUAAAAAAAAAUCAUGUGCUCAUAUCAAAACCUCCACACAGAGUUCCAAUUAAAGUGAAAGAAAAGUUAAAAGAAGAACUAAGUCGUUUAACUGAACUUGGAAUUACAGUAGAAAUCGGUUAUAACGAGUUUCAAGGGCCAACUAGUUUUUCUCGUUAUAACCGGUAA